ACGCUUAUCGAGGACGCGUGGCGGGAAAAUGACUGCAGUCAUACACGUUCACGCUUCCGAUCCGCUUCCCGCUGACAGUUGACGUCCGUGUCUGGUUUUCGCGCCUCCCCUCCAGCCCGGAGACGACAAGCUCUACCCCGGCCGAACCCGAAGAAGGUUGGCGUCUGGCAGGAGGGAGCGCCGAGCGUGAGCGAGCGGGGCUACCCUGGCCGUGGCUGAGGCAGUGACAAGAGGGUUUGACGUUUUGACGACGCGAAACGAGCGAACCGCGCGGCGACGUGGCCACCGGGACUCCCCCGCCCCUCCAGCCCGUCCACCCGCCUGUCAUGACCGCGUCUGUGUGGGAGCCCACCAGCCGAGCGAUUCGCCAUCAGCAGCGGUGGGCUAAAUUUGCCGAGGAGGGGAAACGCAUACAAGGUCUGGCUGUCUCGGUGGAGUAUUAUUAGCACCUCAGACGGCGCAACUGGCUCCCCCUCUGGUCAUGCACCACCAGCUUCCACAGCCAAAUCAAUAAAAUCGAGGUUAGAUUUUAGACAGAAUCUUAAUUCGAAUCUGGCUCCCAUGCUGGCUGUAAAAAACCUUCCCCUGAUUAUCGUCAGCCAUGCCAGCCACCACCAAAUCCGCCAGGAGACAAACCCCCGCUCAGAGAAAAAAAGGCCAAAAAGUCGCCGGCACCAAACGGCAAACCAGCAACUCAAAUAAAGGCGGGGGACGAGUAUCGGAGCGCCUUCAGAAAGUCACGACUGCCCCCACUAGGAGUGCCAAACCUCAGCCUCGGUCGGGCCGUAGCCCCAGAGGAAGAAGGUUAGGUAGCCGGUCCGCAGGUCAGGGCAGCGUAUCCCCCGGUAGAGUUAACCGUGCCCAAAGUUUAACAGGAUCCACGAGGCUUAGAGGGUUGAGCAAGUUGCCUGACCACUACAGCGAGUUAGAUGCCACCCUCUGGCGGAGAAAAUCCCUGCGGGGGGCGCAGCUGUCAACUGAUUCCUUCUUGCCACCCAAACCGUGCAGGGGCACGAGGAAGACCAGGGGAGCUGCGAACGCCAGAAACCAGCCGUCAAAGACCAGCAAUAACCCGACGACCGAGGAGGAUCUCCAGAAAGCAGAACCCGAAGAACCUUUGCCGGUUUCUUUGAAAACGGAUUUUCAAGGCCCCGCUUGUGUCACAGGUGCUAAUGAGGGCAGCCCCCUCAAAGCGGACACCCUGGAGGACCGUGUGCCGCGAGACGACCGCACGAGCAUAAUCGGUGAGGCUGUGACCGAGGUCCCUUCCAAUGAAGACCUGCAACCCGACCUCCUUGACGACGCCCGUCAAGCGAGCCCCGGCGAACCAGCUGCUACAAGGAUCUCCUCUCCCGUUUCUCAAGGACCGCAAUCUUUCAUAGGAAACAAACUCAGUCGUGUCAAAGACGACGUGGAUGUGGUCUUGAGAGAGACCGAAAACGAGGUCGACUCGGAGAUAAAUUCGGGCAUACUGGCGGAGAAAACCUCUGACGGUUUGGAUGAGGUCAAGCAAAAGACGGCGAUCGUUGCCGAGGAGCUGGCUGACGGUGAGGGACGACCAAAACGGAUCAAUCCCGCGGAGUCCCCCCCAGUUCUAUCGCAAGCUCCGGAUAGACCUCAGUCCGUCGAGGGACUGCCAGAACAGUCGCUUGACAAGGUGCUAACUCUCCCAAACGCAGCUACCUCAAAUCCCACCAAAGCCCCCGACGCUUCCGAGUCAUCCCAACUCGAGGUUCUAAAGGAGGACGGGACAGACAUGCAAUCUAUUCUUCACGGUGCUAAACCUCCGGUCCCAAGUUCCUCAUCUGUACCAGAGACCUCGACGUGGCAACAUACCAUCCCUGUAGCAAGGAAUUUCCCAGUUAUCAUCCGGAGCGACUCUCUGAAAUCAAGAGGCUUCUGGGAGCGACCGCAAAGUCUGGAGAGCCCUCCUCUACCUGCACCGCAAGCCAAAGAUAGGAAGCCCCCUCCAGAACCGCCGGACCACCGGAAUCCCGUUGAGACUCCGGCCGAGUGUCAACCGGUCCUUCACGAGGAUCGGGUCGGAGUAGUCGCCGCGCCCGAACUAGACCCGCCGCCAAAGAUCGCGACCCCUUCUCUGGACGGCAGCUCGGCUUUCUCCUGCAGUUCUGAGAGUACGCGCUCCUCCUUCUCUUUGGAAACCGAGUCGGAGUCGGGCUACGGCGAAUCCUCUUUUCCGUCGAUUUCCAAUAAGCAACAGCCACGCAAGGAGAGGCGAAAGCGGAGCAGGUGCGGCAAGUGCGAGCCGUGCCUGAGGACCAUCAGCUGCGGCCGGUGCAGCUGCUGCCUCAACCGCAGCACCGGCCAUCAGAUCUGUAAGCUGAGGAAAUGCGUGGAACUGAAGAGGAGGAGGACGUCCAAGCCGCUCGUUCUCCCUGCCGUCCAGGUGGUUCCAGAAAGUGAGUCGUUCAAUGGCAAAGGGGAGGCUCAGAUGGAUGUCCCCCACACGGCGGCAGAGGAGGAUGAGGAGGAGGAAGGCCAUGUACGACAUACAAAAACUCCUCCCGUCACCGACGCACUUCGCCAUAACCUGGACCUCGGCAGACGGCCGGCACUUAUUCAGCGAGAGCUCGGGCUGCAGCUGGGCAACAUUGCACUUCAACAACAUGUACGCUCUUCUGUGAAUUUCCACAACGGUUCCUCAGAAAACCCGACGAAACCUAACGGUGCUAACGUGACCGCCGGGUGUCACACUGACCUGAAGUCUGCAUACCACAGGGCUAUGAUGGCCUCCGAGCCUCCACGGAGCAUAGUCGACAGCAUCCCCUCUCAGAACGGACCCAAGACUCCUCCGUGUGACACGUCGGCCCAACUGAAGAGGAUCAAACUGGAGGAGGAUGAAGAGGCAAUCGCCGCACAUUUUAGUGACCAAGAUGACGUCUGCGAAGACCCUCUGUCCACAUUGGCGGCGGUGGUGUGUCUCUCUGUCACGGAGAGGCGAGGGCUGGAGGAGAAACUCUUCAGCUCACGUCCUUCUGCUUUUCGCUGCAUCAAAACGGAGCCACCAGAUUUGCACUUAAUCAAGAAAGAAUCCGAGGACUUGAGGAGGGACUUACUGAGGACUCCCCAGACUAUCAAAAGUGAACCGCCUUCAAACGACCUGCUACCGAGCGUGCAGUCUUUGGCGGAGAAGAGGAAUCUUAGUUUUGACCAGGCUAUCGCCAUUGAGGCCUUAACUCAACUGGCAGCUAUACCUCACCGCACACCAGUGUUUAUUGAAGACGAACGCAAUGGCGAACCUCAUGUUUCUGCGGCCACACCGCAAGCGACCUCAGCGCAAGAAGCCAAACCCGCAGCGCCAAUCCGCUACAACAAAGUCUCGGUCAUUAGCUCACCGGUUCACCAGACGUCAGUGAUACACCCACCUGUGGCCAGACAAGGUAACGUCAUCCAGCGUUGCCAGGCCACGAGGCCGACCGACUUCACGGGAGACGGUAACGGGGUACCCUGCAGGAGGACGUACCAAGGCUUCGGUUCCCGUGUCAUCAAGUCCGAAUACAACAACUUGCAUCCCGGCACCGUGCAGCUCGGUAAAGACCGCGAGCGUCACUUUUGGGAGGACCGGGAGAGACCAAAGACGAUGAGGAACCGAGACGAGGAGGAGGUGGCCGCCCAAUUGGCCGACUUGGCCUUCAUCAUCCAGUCCCGCCAGAACCAGCCGUCCGAGGGCAAUCACAUGAAGGGGACCCCCGUGUCGGCUAUCAAAUACAACUACCACUCGCAGUUAUCCCCCGGUCAGAAAAAGACCCCCGUAAAGAAAGCUAAAACGACUCCUUCAAAGCCCAGGAAGAAGAAGAUUAACGAGGGACCUCAGGAGGGAAUCAACCGCAGGACCCCUCUCUCAAAACGCAUGGCCAAUGGAGAUGCCUCCCAUCGAAGCAGAGGAAAGAAAACCCCCCUGUCUGGGAAAUCAGGUCUUGUCCAUCGCAGGAAUCUGUUUCUUCCUCAGGCUCAGAUUGACCUGAAGAGAUACCUGGCUGAAGCCCAGGAGGAAGCAAGGCAACACAUCCAUCACAGCGCGCAGACUCACCACUACAGGACCAACGAUGGCCAACCCUCUGAGAACCAGCUGUUGUCUUAUCUGCACAAUCCACUCCAUCGCCAAGAUCCUGCCGCAGGACCAGGGCAGGAAAGGCGUUUGUUAACUCAGGUAGCGCAGCUCUACGAAGGGCUGCCGCACGGUGCUGAACCCCCCGGGGCUGCUGACCACGGCUUCGUCGCCUACCCCUGUCCCGCUAAUGGCCUCUUGGGUGCUAGGCAGUCCCCGCCUCCAAGCCAGCAGAGCUACUACAAGCUGGAGAGGUCGGGGCCUGUCACUGUCUUGUCUACGUCUGCUGAUGGAGACGCGGGCCAGUCGGCGGAGUCGACUCCAUCCAAGCAAAGCGUCAACAGCUUCCUGGAGUCGCCCAUGGCUUUUCUGGACACCCCGACAAAGAAUCUGCUCAACACACCCUCCAAAAAGCUGUCUGAUCUUCCUUGCUGUCAAUGUGUGGACCAAAUCAGUGAAAAGGAAGAAGGUCCUUACUACACUCACCUUGGAGCAGGACCCAGUGUUGCAGCCGUGAGGGAACUGAUGGAGACCAGAUACGGCGCCAAGGGAAAUGCGGUGCGGUUGGAAGUUGUUGUCUACACUGGAAAAGAAGGAAAGAGCUCCCAGGGAUGUCCAAUUGCUAAAUGGGUUGUCCGGCGAGGCAGCGAGGAGGAGAAGCUGCUGUGUUUAGUGCGGCAGCGGCCAGGGCACCACUGUGACACCGCCGUGCUGGUCAUCCUCAUCCUGGCCUGGGAGGGAAUACCGCGAGCGGUAGCGGACCACCUCUACCAGGAGCUCACAGAAACCCUCUUCAAAUACGGCUCGCCCACCAGCCGACGCUGCGCCCUCAAUGAAGAUCGCACUUGCGCCUGUCAAGGUUUGGACCCGGAUACUUGCGGAGCAUCCUUCUCCUUCGGCUGCUCGUGGAGUAUGUACUUCAAUGGCUGCAAGUUUGCCCGCAGCAAAGUGCCACGCAAAUUCCGCCUGCUUGGUGACUACCGGGAGCAGGAGGAGAAGGUAGAGAAAAACCUCCAGAGUCUUGCCACUGACCUUGCACCACUGUACAAGUGCCUCGCUCCCGAAGCCUUCCAGAACCAGGUGGAACAAGAAGAGAAAGGGGACUCCUGCCGGCUCGGCUGGAGGGAGGGGCGUCCGUUUUCAGGAGUCACGGCUUGCGUGGACUUUUGUGCGCAUGCUCACAAGGACAACCACAACAUGAAUAACGGCAGCACUGUGGUUUGCACUUUAACGAAGGAAGAUAACCGCGCGGUUCGGAACAUACCCGAAGACGAGCAGCUCCACGUUCUUCCGCUUUACAAGAUCGCCGACAGGGAUGAGUUUGGUCGCGUUGAAGGACAGUGGGGCAAGAUCCAAACCGGUGCCCUCCAGGUUCUAUCAUCCUUCCCAAGAGAGGUGCGUCUGCUAGCCGAGCCGGUGAAAUCGGCCCGCAAGAUGAGGCAAGAAGCUCGUUUGAAAGCUCAAGCUGAGAAGUUGGAGAAGAAGCUUGGUUUGAUCCCGCUCACUCCUGCUAAAGUGAAGCGAGAAACCCCGACCAAAGGUGAGCAACAUGCCCUUUACAACAAAAUAUCGCCUCGCCCUGCCAGCGUGGACCGGUGCCAAGCCAGCACUUACAGUCAAAACACCAGCAACUAUCACCAACAGAGGGACCUCGUGUCCCCCACCCACCACCGCCACUCACCCAGCUUCCCGUUCGGAACAAGCCGCUCGGUCCCGCCGUAUCAGACCACCAACGAGGCGCUGAACUGUUACCCCGGCGGCUACCCGUGUUCUUUUAAACGUGAGCCCGACGAGGCGCUCUCUCCGCCACGGAGACCCUCGACCAGCUGCAGCACCCCUCCAUCCUCCGCCUUCUCCCCACGACCUACCUCUGAGGGCCUCUACAGCAGGCUGAACGGACUCCACGGCUUCGAAGAGGAAGUGAAGCAGGAGGAGGUGUGGUCGGACAGCGAGCACAACUUCCUGGACCACGACAUCGGCGGCGUGGCGGUGGCGCCGGCGCACGGCUCCAUCCUCAUCGAGUGCGCGCGGCGGGAGCUGCACGCCACCACGCCCAUCCUCAAACCCGACCGCCGCCACCCCACGCGCAUCUCCCUGGUCUUCUACCAGCACAAGUCCCUCAACGAGCCAGGCCACGGGAUGGCCAUGUGGGAUGCCAAGAUGGCCAAGAGGGAGCGGGAGAGGGAGGAGGAGGAGGAAGAGGAGAGGUUGAGGAUGGAGGAAGGCGGGAGUGGACGAGGAAGGCAGAUGGAGGAGGGGGCGGGAUCGGACGGGCAGGCCGCGUGGAAGGCCGGGGACGUCCCCACGCGGCAAACGUGGACGCUACCGAGGGACGGGGUCAUCACCGUGUCCCCUUACGCCCUCACGCAAGUGACAGGUCCUUACAACAGCUGGACAUAGUCAACACACACACACACACACACUGUGCUUAUUUAUGCCUUACCUCAAUCAACUUGAGACUGCUUAUCUUGUUUUUUUUUUUUUUUUUUACCUGGUUUUAAUCAUGCUCUUCUGAUACCUGUCUAUCGAAAGCCAUUUGAGUAUUUAUUCAAUAUCCUUCAUAUUUACCUUCAAGUCUUUUGACGUGAUGGUCCAACACUGGCAUACUAGUAGGACAACCACAUGUAAAGUGAAGCAAAUGAAAUAAAAUCAUUUAUUUUU